AACUGGUCUGAUUGGAAGAAUAUAGAGUAGCCUAAUUCCUUUUCUUUCUUUAUUGUUUUUUAUUUUUAUUUAUUUUUUUAGCUAUUAUUAAGAUUUAAAUAUAUCCAGACUCACACUCUAUUUCGGUAGGUGGCGGUAAUGCUUCCAAAAGAUGUUUGCCAACCGCCAUUAAAAAGGAAAGAAGAAGAAGAAGAAGAAGAAUUCGAAUCACGGGUUGUCUUUUACUGUCAAUGGUUGAGGAGGAGCUGCUACCAGAGAAUCUACUAAACUACGGAAGUUUGGCGAUUGCUUGCAACAAGAACUUUUGCUGGGAUAAAGCACAGUCUCUGGAUAAUCACAGUUUCGCGCCUUAUCGGGUGUAACAACACAUUUCAUUUCGUGGAGCACACGUUACUUCAGAACUGGAGUCUGAAAUGUCAGGAUUCACUGAAUCGACACCGCUGCCCAUGCCAGUGACGGAGAUAAAAGAAGAAGAGUUUGAUGAUUUCCUUCAAGAGUACAUGUUUGCAGACCAGGAAGUAAAAGGAGACCUCGGACUGGAUUAUGACUGCAAGACUGAAACACACAUAUCACCAACCUUCAACUGCAAAGAAGAACAGUCUCCAGUGAUGGAAAUUAAACAGGAGGAAGAAUCUGACUUAAAAGAAGAUUGCCAGAAAUACUCUUUCUGUAAAGGAGAAAAGCCAUAUCAGUGCACUGACUGUGGGAAGAGUUUCAGGACUAGGCAAUUGGUGACUAACCAUCAGCGCACGCAUACAGGAGAAAAGCCAUAUCAGUGCUCUGACUGUGGAAAGGCCUUUAGUCAAAAACAUAGUCUACAGGUACACCAGAUGAUCCACACAGGAGAAAAGCCGUAUCAGUGCUCUGACUGUGGAAAGGCCUUUAGUCAAAGUUAUACUCUAGUACGACACCGGAGGAUCCACACAGGAGAUAAGACAUAUCAGUGUUCUACAUGUGGGCAGCAUUUCACGACUAAAACAGGGCUGACCAUCCAUCAGCACACACAUACAGGAGAAAAGCCGUAUCAGUGCUCUGACUGUGGAAAGGGCUUUAGUAGUCCAUCUGGUCUCCAGGUACACCACAGGAUCCACACAGGAGAAAAGCCGUUUCAGUGUUCUGACUGUGGACACACCUUUAAUAAAAAGUUUCAUUUAAAUGAACACCAGAAGAUCCACACAGGAGAAAAGCCAUAUCAUUGCUCUGACUGUGGACACACCUUUAGAAAAAGCUUUCAUUUAAAGGAACACCAAAAGAUCCACACAGGAGAAAAGCCAUAUCAAUGCUCUGACUGUGGAAAGGCCUUUAGUCUAAAAGGUAAUCUCACAGCACACCAGAGGAUCCACACAGGAGAAAAGCCAUAUCCGUGUACUACAUGUGGGAAGAGUUUCAAAACUAGCACCGCGAUGACCAUUCAUCAAAACGCUCACACAGGAGAAAAGCCAUAUCCGUGUUCUACAUGUGGGAAGAGUUUCAAGAGUGUGAAACAUGUGAGAAUUCAUCAACGUACACAUACAGGAGUAAAGCCGUAUCCGUGCUCUGACUGUGGGAAGGCCUUUAGUCAAAUGUUUCUCCUGAAGAAACACCAAAGGAUUCAUACAGGAGAAAAGCCGUAUUCGUGUCAGGACUAAAGGCAAUCUCGCUGGAUUCCAGUUGCUGCUACUGCCUACACAGUGUUGGGAGUAACGUGUUACAAAAGUGGCAUAAUGUAGGCCUAAUUUGCUGUAACGUGGUAGGCUAAUGUAAGGCAUUCCAAAAACAUAUUUUGUGUAUAUUUUAUUCGGGGACAAACUUCAGUAAUGCAUUUUAACCUGAAAUUAAGUGGUGUUUUGUUGUUAUACGCCUACAAAUUUGCCAACAAUGGCGCGAGAUCAGCAGAGGAGAAAAAAAUCUUUGCAAAUAGUAGAAUGUUAUCUCCUAUCAGGUGAGGCUACUUUCAAGAUGAUUGUGGUUGCAGCCAGUCGGACUCUAUUUUUGCGACAUGGACAUAAAGGCCUGCUUGAACAAUAUGUAGGCAGAAUAUUCAUUUAUAUCACAGAGGGUAGGCCUCUGAUCUUGGGUGGACUUCCAAAAGCCGUCUGGAUUAAAAACAUUAGAGCAGAUACAUACCUUCCAAAAUCGCCUGUUUUCCAUUGUGUGUUGACAGCUGCUCGACUGACGACUGGUCGAGUUUUUUUUUUUAAACUCAAUUAACUGCAGGCCGUGUCACCCUGGCGUUCGUUAGGACCGUACCACUGGAGGAGGACCGCUCAUAAACUCCCCUUAAUCGUUGCAAAUAUAAACUAGGUAUAGUUGCAACUUCCAAACAGUUUUUGAGUGCUACUUUGUUAAUAUUUGGGAAACUGCGAGUAAGGGGCUGCGACCGUUCUACAUGUAGGCUGCUGACGAGGGCGCAGCAAAUUAACUUCAGAAACAAUAUAUCUUUAAGCAUUCAGACUGGCAUAAAAAGUUAACGGCCCCCCGGGAAUCCUCCCAAAGCUCCCGAUAGCCACUCCGGGGCUGCAUUCAAAGCAUUAAAUAACUUUAACAGAUAUUGCAACUGCAUUAACUAUACAUGAGGUUAUUAAAGCUGGUUCCAAAUUAGUCAUUGAAUUAAUAGCUUUAUUUUGUUAUGUAGAAGUAUCUAAAUAACCUGAUAAAAUGUAACAGGAUUCAGGAAAUUGAGUCUAGUCCAAAAAGAAAUUCAGGGGGAGGACCCCUAGACCCACCGCUGAAAUGUCCCACCCACUUUCAGAAUGCCUCAGACGCCCAUGACUAAAGCAAUUUCUAUGUACUCUGUGUUUCUAUGUACCGUAAAUGUGUGUACCUAUGUAUUUCAUGUCUGUGAGGCUUGUACGGUAUGUGAAAUUUCCUAUGUAAGGACAAAUAAACUAACUAACUAACAUGUUCCAUCAAAUCUGAACAGCCAUGAGGAAGUGCACAUUAGAAUCAAACAUUAGCAAUACUGAAUUGACUGAAAGGUUAUUUUUAUGAAA